AUGAAAAACUCAAGGGCCAACAAACUGAAAACAUUCACUGGAUGUUUCACUUGUAGGUCAAGGAAAAUCCGUUGUGACCUCCAACGACCAACGUGUCAGAACUGCAAAAAGGCCCAUUUGACUUGCUCGGGUUACGAUAUCAAGCUUCGCUGGUCGCUCCCGGUGGAGUUCACGCCGAAGGGCAGAAACCCAAUUCAGCAUCCGGUGAAAUUUCCAGACACUGAGAACGAUAACGCUGAACUGGGGUUCUUCCAGCGACGCCAUGUGGGGUUUGUUACUUGGGACGCUAAGAAGAAUUGCAGGCCGUACGAAACGUAUGAGGAAAUGGAUAACCACUUGGCUGACCUCCAGGGCAUGAAGAGACCUAGCGAAACCGUCUUGAAAGGGCCUUUUGGUGUUUUCAGUAAAGAUAAACGCAGAAAGAAGGAUCCUCAACCACUGGCUGCUCCUCAGGUUCCUGAAUCUGAUGCCCUUCUAGGCCACGACCAGCUCUGGCUUUCGAACGAGCUUAAAGACCACGCUUUGCUUACUGCCGCUGCGCUUAACGGUGAUACUCAGUUUCUUGACCUUGUGGAUUCGCUUCCGAACUUUUCUCCUUCCAACCUGGCGUACCCUGCCAACGCUGAAUCUACAGACUUUCUCAAUUUGGUGUUUCACAGACACCAGAAUAACAACUCAGCGAACAGUGGGCUACUGCCGCAGGUUGGCAAAACUACUCCAUCUUCAAUGACCAGCAUUUUGAACCUGGACGAUCAAAGCUCCAUUAAUCCAGGCAACCAGCACUUGUUCUACUCGAACUAUAACAACUUCUUCUAUAAUAACCCUUACCAGCUUAAUAAGACCUUGGAGAUUCAGCUCCAUGCCUCGGCUCAUCCGCUGAAACACGAUGACGACAGUACAGAUAUGGUGGAGGGUGAUAGUUCUGCUUCUACACACAUGCCAGAAGACAUUAUGGCCAUUGUUCAGAGACCAUUACAACCCAAACUCGGGUUUGACAUAUCUUUACCGAAAAAUGGUGUUGUACUUCCAACAUCUGCGCUUCAAGUGCAACCACUUACAAGGUACUUGCUUAAUUACUACGUCACGCAAGUUGCCGACCUCAUGACGGUCAUUCCGCUUACAGAAAACCCGUGGAAGACCAUCUACUUUCCUAGAGCUUUAAUGGCUAUUGGCGAACUUAGUGCUUUGGGUAAAACAUCUACAGCCAAAAACGCCUUACUUAAUGCCCUUCUUGCCGUGGCAGCCUUCAACCUUCAGAGUAAAUUCCCCAAGAACUCCGACCCCAUGAAGUUUUACCUUAAUUUGGGUAUUCGUCUUCGAAACCAGGCAUCAGUGUUUGUAAAGACACUUCUUGGAUCUAAAAGCGGCACGCAAAGCAACAUCGAACGUUGCGUGGCCAAUGAAAAGUACAAAGACGUGCUUUGCGCUGUAAUGUCGAUGAUCAGUGUGGACUUAGUCUGGGGAACAAUGCAAGAUACGAACUUCUACAUCAAAUGGUGUGAAAAGGUGAUUUACACGAAAAUGAGAAACAAGAAGAAACUCUCGCCCAAAGCCAGAAUAAUGCACCGUAUUUUCCUGUCGUUGAAGUUGAUCCAGGAUUCGACAUGUCUUGAUUACGCCAACAUCAAAGAAGAUUAUGAGUUGAACACCAGGUUUGGCUAUGACGUGCGGUUGCUGUUUGAAAACAACACCUUCAACGAAAAAACCAGUUCUCUCCAAGACAAAACCAAAGGAAGAAUCGACUAUAUCAUGGACACGCGGCGGGUCUCGUCUCCAAUGUUUGUGAACAAGAAAUUAAUCAACACCAACAAGAACGACGAGCAUUUUGCAACCGAUGCGCUUUAUGGACUUCCCAAUAAUCUAAUCGUAUUGUUCAGCGAGACGGUUCUGCUUUUACGAGAAAAGAUCCACGAUAAAGAACUGAAAAAAGCAGUUGCGGCAGAUUUCACCGAGAGAGUGGGUUCCCUCAAGAAGAAGCUCAGCAUGUGGAAACUCGACUGGAAGCUCUACGAUAUCGAAGGCAGCGGCAAGUAUAACUUUUACACGCCGAUGCACGAAGUGACAUACCACCAUAUCAUGUCGUUCUACCAUGCACUUUGUAUUUAUUUUGGACGCCUCAUUGAAGAAACACCGCCCGAGCUGCUUCAGGACAAGGUGGGACAAACAUUGGAGCAUCUCAACCUGAUUCAAAGGCUCAUAUCCAAAGAUGAAGCCCACAUCAUUCCCCUUUUCUGGCAGGGCUUCAUUGCUGGGUGUGAAGCGGUAACAGUAGAUCUACAAAUGGGGUUCAAGAAAUGGGGAGCCGACAUUGCACAGUACUUGGGCAGCUACUGGGGAGCCCGGCAAAUCAUGCUUGAAGUGUGGCGGAGAAAGAAGCUCCAAGAGGCAAGAGCUGAUUGGGUAAGCGUGAUUCAGGAUUGGGAAAUGAACCUUAUGUUGAACUAG